AUGGCAGACAAGCCGGACAUGGGGGAAAUUGCCAGCUUUGAUAAGGCCAAGCUGAGGAAAACCGAGACGCAGGAAAAGAACACCCUGCCGACCAAAGAGACCAUUGAAUAGGAAAAGAGGAGUGAAAUUUCCUAAAAGCCUAGGAGGAUUUCUCCACCCCACCCCACCCCGUCAUCUCCAA